AUGUCGGAUGAAGUUAUUUGGCAGGUUAUAAAUCAACAAUUUUGCGCAUUCAAGUUAAAGACAGACAAGCAGAAUUUUUGCCGGAAUGAGUAUAAUGUGAGUGGGUUGUGUACUAGACAAUCAUGUCCACUUGCGAAUGCAAGAUAUGCCACAGUUAAAAACAUUGGUGGUAAGUUGUACCUAUAUAUGAAGACAGCAGAAAGAGCUCAUAUGCCAAAUAGGUGGUGGGAAAGAAUCAAGCUUUCUAGGAACUACAAUAAAGCAUUAAAGCAGAUUGAUCACCAUUUACAAUAUUGGCAAAAAUUUUUACAGCACAAAUGUAAGCAAAGGUUAACGAGAUUGACUCAAGUGGCGAUAACGGAGAGAAGAUUGGCAUUGAAUGAAGAGGAAAGACAUUUGGUAGGAAUCAAGCCGAAGUUGAAGAGAAGAGAAGAGAAUAGAGAAAGGAAAGCACUUGCUGCUGCAAAGAUUGAAAAAGCCAUUGAGAAGGAAUUGUUGGAAAGAUUAAAGAGCGGCGCAUAUGGUGACAAACCGUUGAAUGUCGAUGAAAAUAUAUGGAAGAAAGUUAUGAGUAAAGUGGAAGAGGAAGGAGAGGAGGAAAAGGAGUUUGAUGAGGACGAAGAGUUUGAUAUAGAAUUGGAAAGCGGAGAUGAAGAAGAUGAUGAAAGCGAAAUGGGAGAAGUUGAAUAUGUGGAAGAUUCAGGAGAAGACGAAUUUGUCGAUAUGGAAGAUUUAGAGCAAUGGUUGGGUGAUUCAUCGGCCAGCGAAAGCGAAGAAGAAAGUGAAGAUGAUGAAGAAGAAAGCGAAGACGAGGAUGCAAAUGAAGCAGGCGCAUCUAAAAAGAGAAAAGCAGAUGGUCCAAUAUCGAAGAACAAAAAGAAGAGAAAACCAAGAGUGGAAAUCGAGUAUGAGCAAGAAGAAGAGCCAACGCAAGCAAAAAUUGCCGUAUAA